GAGGAGGCUCACCCUCUUCUCUGUGUUGGCAGGUGAAGGGCGGAUGCCCAAGGCAGGGGGGCCAUAGGGAACACCCGCGGCACCAGUGGCUGGCCUUCCAGCCGCACUUAGCAGCAUCGCCACAGCAACCAGCAACCAGACGGCAGCGGCCUCGGCAGACGCUCUACUACAGCUUCCCACCGUCGGAGAACAGGGAAUGACUACAGCAGAUCAGGCCCCAGAGUGGCCUGGGCAGGUGGAGUGUCACUAGAGGGAGGGCUCAGCCUCCUCCUUGCAACAGAUGAUCGCCAUGCCGGCUGGAGAAGAGGUGCUGGGGCAGGGGCUGCAGCGUGGCACAGCCUCGCCCCCCCACCCACUCUGAGCACUUCCAGGGCAGCAGGGCUCUGUCUGCCAGACAUACCCGGCCUGCUUCUCAGUGUCCCCUGCUUGGUGCCAAUAGGGAGAGGUGCCCGUCCCCUGCUCUGCAUCUGGGCCCGCCGCUGCCGGACCAUGGGAUGUCGGCAAAGCUCAGAGGAGAAAGAGGCGGCGCGGCGGUCCCGGAGAAUCGACCGCCACCUGCGCUCAGAGAGCCAGCGGCAGCGCCGCGAGAUCAAGCUGCUCCUGCUGGGCACCAGCAACUCAGGCAAAAGCACCAUCGUGAAGCAGAUGAAGAUCAUCCACAGUGGUGGCUUCAACCUGGAGGCCUGCAAGGAGUACAAGCCCCUCAUCAUCUACAACGCCAUCGACUCACUGACCCGCAUCAUCCGUGCCCUGGCCGCCCUCAAGAUCGACUUCCAUAACCCGGAUCGCGCCUACGACGCGGUCCAGCUCUUUGCGCUGACAGGCCCUGCGGAGAGCAAGGGUGAAAUCACACCAGAGCUGCUGGGGGUCAUGCGGCGGCUGUGGGCCGACCCCGGGGCGCAGGCCUGCUUCGGCCGCUCCAGCGAGUACCACCUGGAGGACAACGCCGCCUACUACCUGAACGACCUGGAGCGCAUUGCCGCGCCCGACUAUAUCCCCACCGUUGAGGACAUUCUGCGCUCCCGGGACAUGACCACGGGCAUAGUGGAGAACAAGUUCACCUUCAAGGAGCUCACCUUCAAGAUGGUGGAUGUGGGCGGGCAGAGAUCAGAGCGCAAAAAAUGGAUCCACUGUUUCGAGGGCGUCACAGCCAUCAUAUUCUGUGUGGAGCUUAGUGGCUACGACCUGAAACUCUAUGAGGACAACCAGACGAGUCGAAUGGCAGAGAGCCUGCGCCUUUUUGACUCCAUCUGUAACAACAACUGGUUCAUCAACACCUCACUCAUCCUCUUCCUGAACAAGAAGGACCUGCUGGCGGAGAAGAUCCGGCGCAUCCCGCUCACCAUCUGCUUCCCUGAGUACAAGGGCCAGAACACCUACGAGGAGGCCGCUGUCUACAUCCAGCGGCAGUUCGAGGACCUGAACCGCAACAAGGAGACCAAGGAAAUCUACUCCCACUUCACGUGCGCCACUGACACCAGUAACAUCCAGUUUGUUUUCGACGCGGUGACAGACGUCAUCAUACAGAACAAUCUCAAGUACAUAGGUCUUUGCUGAGGAGCUGGGCGGGCCAGUUUGCCUGUGGCGAAACCCCCAGGAUGUCACACCCCCAGUCGUGCUAGGGAGACCCAGCCUAGGGGCAGAAAAUGGGGACCUGAAAAAUGUCCCCACCCCACCCCGGCCCUCCACCUCCUUGGCCCCCACGUUUCCGCAAACAUAAAUAUAUAUGGAUAGAUUGCUAGGUAGGUAGACACACACACACACAUUGCACACACGCACACACACAUAUGCACACACAGUCUGGAGACAGCAAAGUUCCCCAAAGUGUUGAGGCCUCUUGAAGACUUAAGCAGUUGUUACCAUGUUCACUAUGAGUCCUUCCUGCCCCUUCACUUUGCCUUCCCGAGCCGGCCCCACUCUGCUUGGGGGUCCUUGCAGGACUAGAGGAGAGGGGGCUGGGUCAUCUGGAGGAAGCCAGCUCUGCCCAAGCUUGGGACUGGGGACCUUGCUGCUGACCAGGAGGGAGGACCAGAGCAGGGUCCAUGGGCCUUCCCUGCUGGCCACGCCUACCGCUGGCCUACUCUGCACCAUGUUCGUUCAUUCUGGAACCAGGGUGCAAGGCCAGACGACAGCACUAACCAGACCUCUGGCCACUCACAGCUCUUUUUAAACAGCUUCAAAAUAUGCAGCAAAAAUCCACACAAUAACAUGAGUGGCACGAUUUGUUUCAAACUAGGCCAGCUGGGUUCCAGCUUUUCUUCUACUAGUCUGUUUUAUAAAUCAAAACCUGAUUUUUCUUCUCUGA